GUUGUGUGACACAAAACCACCAUCCUCCCUCUUCACCCUUCUCUUAUCCUCAAAUCCUAAGCAAUCAUGGCCGACAUGGACGUAGAUCAGCCUGAAAUCAAGAAGGAGAAAGAAGUAAAGGAAGGCAAGCAACGAUUCGAGGUUAAAAAGUGGAAUGCCGUAGCGCUGUGGGCUUGGGAUAUCGUCGUCGAUAAUUGUGCUAUUUGCCGGAAUCACAUUAUGGAUCUUUGCAUCGAUUGUCAAGCGAACCAAGUAUCCAGUGAAGAAUGUAAUGCUGCUUGGGGUAUUUGCAACCACGCCUUCCACUUCCAUUGCAUCUCUCGCUGGUUGAAGACUAGAAAUGUGUGUCCGCUGGAUAACAGAGAGUGGGAAUUACAGAAGUACGGUCACUGAUAACGUUCGCCAUGCAGAGAAAUGGCACUGCUCGUAUCCACUCUUGUAACGUUCCUGUCUGUAUCAUACGCUCAACCUUAUCACAAAUUCAUUAUUACCCCAAACUCUACGUGCUGUACAUGUCCUAGAAUAAGUUU